AACACGCCCCGCUCGGAGCCGCCGAGGCACAGUUGACCGAGGUUCCCCGGCUGUUGGUCGCUCAAGUCGACAUAUACCCCUUCGGCGCCCUCUCUUGCUGCAUAUAUGUGUCGAUGCAUUCCAGUUGAACCCCUACCUCCAGUUAUACACCCCUUUUGAUCUCCAUCCCCGCAAGCAUGGCGGGAGAAGUACGCCAACCGAUCGACCUGCCCUCUCUGGAGCGCUACCUGAACCAGAACGUGCCCGUGGUCAAGACCCCGCUGGAUUUGAAACAGUUCGGCUUCGGUCAAUCAAACCCAACAUACCAAAUCACCACCGCCGAUGGACGGAAGCUCGUGUUGCGCAAGAAGCCUCCCGGCAAGCUACUCUCAAAGACCGCACACCGAGUCGACCGAGAAUAUCAAGUCAUUCGGGCUCUUGGAAAUACAGACGUGCCGGUACCGGAAGCGCUUUGCCUUUGCGAAGACAGCAGCGUGAUUGGCACCCCAUUCUACAUCAUGGAGUUCUUGGACGGUCGCCAUUUCAUCGACCCAGCAAUGCCUGGAGUCAGCCCGUCGGAGAGGAACGCACUAUGGAAAUCUGCCGUCGAGACGUUAGCCAAAUUCCACGCAGUCGUCCCCAAAUCCGUCGGUCUAGAGAACUUCGGCAAGCACUCCGGUUUCUACGAUCGACAAAUUGCGACCUUCACAACCGUCUCCAAGGCUCAGUCUCAGGUCCUUGAUCAAGAUACCAAGGAGCCCGUCGGUGAACUGCCCCACUUUAAAGAUAUGGUGCAGUUCUUUGCCCAGAAAUCAACCCAACCACGCGACCGCGGCACACUGGUGCACGGCGACUAUAAAAUUGACAACGUGAUCUUUCACAAGACUGAGCCGCGUGUCAUUGGCAUCUUGGACUGGGAAAUGGCCACGGUCGGCCAUCCCCUGUCCGACUUUUGUAACCUGACCAGCCCGUAUGUCUUGGAUGGCACCGAGCACUCAAAAGAAGACUUCCAGACCGGGCGUAUUCCUGGCCUGCCCUCGCGAGAGGACUGCGUUCGCUGGUAUACGGCGGUCUCAGGAUAUAACCCGGCGGAUGAUAUUCUGUGGGGAGAUGCGUUCUUCGCCUUCCGAGGGUCUGUGAUCAUGCAAGGUAUUGCAGCGCGGUCUGCUGCUCGACAGGCCAGUAGCGCCCGGGCGGGUGAAUAUGCCAAGCGGGCCAAGCCAUUUGCCUUCGAAGCUUGGGGGCGAGUGAAGCGGGUGCAAGAUUUGUCCAAGCAGAAGGGUAAACUGUAAACAAAAACACUUCAGUGAGACGCUCGGGGCACAGGGCGAAUUUUGGUCGACACGGUCUUUGCAUAGCUUCUGAGAAUGAUCUUAGAAUAAGCUAUGGGCUUCGAUCUAUCAAGUCUCUGUCAUCUUGUACAUAUUUGAAUCAUUCUAUCUCCAAAGCCAGCGGUUAAUCCCCCCAUGGAGUCUCUCGGCUUUUUC